AAUCUCGUUGCUUGCAUAAGUGCCUAUUCACCUCUGGCUUCACCAUCAUCAGAAAACAGUGACCCAAGACGUGUGAACUAUUCUAUUCUCUCCGGAACAUCAAUGGCUUGUCCACACGUUGCAGGCCUGGCUGCGUAUGUCAAGACUUUUCAUCCUGAUUGGUCUCCUUCCAUGAUCCAAUCUGCUAUCAUGACAACCGCUUGGCCAAUGAAUGCUUCUGAAACUGGCUAUGCAUCAACCGAGUUUGCUUAUGGAGCUGGACAUGUGGACCCAAUAGCCGCUCUAAAUCCUGGACUUGUCUAUGAACUGGACAAAGCAGACCACAUCGAUUUUCUCUGCGGUUUGAACUACACUUCGAAAUCCCUUAAACUCAUUACCGGUGAAGCCGUCACCUGCACUGGAAAGACCUUACAAAGAAACCUCAACUAUCCUUCAAUGUCGGCUAAACAUUCGGGAUCUAAGACCUCUUUCACCAUGGUUUUCAACAGAACCGUCACCAACCUUGGUACCCCAAACUCUACAUACAAAUCAAAGAUCGUUUUAAACCAAGGAUCUAAACUCAGUGUUAAUGUCACCCCUAGUGUUCUAUCUAUGAAGUCUGUGAACGAGAAGCAGUCUUUCACUGUGACUGUUUCGGGCAGCAAUCUCGGCCCAAAGCUGACUUUUUCGGCGAGUCUGAUCUGGUCAGAUGGCACACAUAACGUCAGAAGUCCCAUUGUUGUCUAUAAUGUUGGUAACUGAUGAGGCAUUAUCAGUUCACCAUAGUUGUUGUGUUUCUUCAUUCCAGAUUUUUGGUUUGAAUGUCUAUCCACCGUUUCAAAGAGUUUUGCAUCUAUUUGAAUUAAACUCAGCCAUGUAUCCUACCACACAAAAAAUAGUUCAAGCAUUUC